CGUUGAACGAAUGAAUGUGAUGGCAGCGAAAAGAAGACAUAAUAUAUGAACUGCUCACUAAUACGAUGCACUGUAGAGAGAUCCCGAGUAAUCCAACAACAUGAACGGCAGAAGCUGCCUAGAACAACGUGAUCGAAAUGAAGUCGCCAAACUGACGCAGAUGAAAUCAAAGGUAAACAGACUGAGACGGAGCCCGAAAGCAGCGACAUUAAACCCCGCGCAGAUCUGUCACACAGGAGAGUUCAAAACACCCACUCGUCCACCAAGAGCCCAGUUUAGAAGAUUGAUAGCUGACGACUCCCCAAGCAAUGAUCCUGAUUGUCAUCAAGAUAUUAUAUGGGAUACAACAUCUCCAUCACCCAAUCGACAUGGCCGAGGACAAAGGAAAGCUGCCAGUGUCAAAGCAGUGGACAUAUCGGACAUUGCCAAUCGGAUCGCUCCAAAGAAUGGAAGACUAGAAGAGGCAGACUCAUCUUUAUUGCAGUGGAUUGGGGAUAGUGCCAUUCCAUGCACCCCAGAAGUCCAACUACCCAAAGUCAAGACCAUGUCAACAAAACAGAGCACUGUGGAAGACCUCAUGAGGCUGGCCAAGCAGUUUGACUUCAACAUGAGACAAGAUGAUGAUCAAGCUCAGCACUCAGAUGGACUGGGUUCAGAACAGGAGCUCCCACUCCAUGACGACCAACCCAACACAUCACACAAUGGUUCUGCCAUGAAGAAGUGCUCUAUUACUGUAGAACCAUGUGUCGUGAAGCCUGAUGAUGAGAGGGCAUCGUAUCAGGAGAUUGAUGACGAUCUAGAUUUUCUUUUUGAUGGACCAACUCAGCAGCUCAGUGGGCGUCUCAGUCAAAUGUCAGGUCAUCGAUCUCAUAUUGUUCCUGAGAGCGCAGUCGAGAAAAAUCUCGCAGUUAUGAAAGCCUGCGAUUCAGAAAAAAGUUCUUCUUUUUCUAUGGCAGCAUGCAAUAACAAUAUACAAGUUGACAAUGCUAAUGAUUUUGAUGACUGGAGCAAUGAUGAUUUACUGGAGGACUCGUUGUUGGUGGAGAUGACACAGAACCCAGAUCUGUUUGCUUCUCCGUGGGAUUGUUCAACACAGAAAAAAACUAAUGUUAAUCAAAAUGGUUUUAAUAGUAACACAGGCACCAGUGUGAUGGCAAACAAACCACAAGAAUCCAAAAAUGAUGUUAAAUGUGGCACAGUUCAAGUGGAAAGGGCGAAAAACGGACAAUCUUUUCAGAUGGAUUCUCAGAGACUGGCAAAGACCUAUGUUGGAUUGCCUAAAUUUGGAAAUCACAUGGAAGAUAGUUAUAUAAGUCAGGCUUUUCCCAUGGUUAAAGAUUUGGCAGUUACUCCAUGCCACAGUAAAACUGACCAGGACCAACAAUAUCAUCACAACAGUGGAGUACAACAGCUUCAUGUUGUUCAGAAUUUAUUCAAGACAUUACAACCUUCCCAUUCAAAGCCUGUCAACACACACACAAGUCCAAACACUCGAUGUGUUAAACAAAGCAGAGAGGAUGCCUUUACCACCCAAGAUGGCUUUGGUGACAUUUUAGAUGAAGAUCUAGACUCCUUUUUUGCGUCUGAUGACAUCUGGGAUGACGGCGUCGAGGAUGAUGACCUAUUUUGUGAGGCGUGUGAUAAUCUUGAGGUACCUGGCAACCCGUCUCGCCUUGUUGAAAGCCCAUCCACAAAGCACCAACAGACUAACAAAACACAACCUAAAGUGCUACAGAACAUGCUGUACGUCAACUCUGAAAUGGCCAGUCAGCAGACUCUGUUUGCUCAACCUAACCCACCCAGAAGACCUGCUACUAAUGUUUCCACGUCCAGUGCAAACAUGUCAGCAUCGCUUUACAAUCCGAAAGCUCACACGGUGAGUUCUGGACCUACAGGACUCAACUCUAAUGUGUCAUAUGGCACAACGAGACCAUCUGGCCCCUCAAGUAAUGGACCAUAUAAAUUUAGACAGAUGGGAAGCACUUCAGUGGUGGGAAGGGGAGCUGCUGCAUCCACACAACAGCGUCACGAACGAGUUGUGCUGGCCACUCUCCAAUCAGAUGCGAGGAUACCAGACAGUCAUCAGUUCAAAAAGCCAUACAGUGCCUCGUCUACACCGGUGGUUGCCAAAGAGGUGUGCAAUUCGGGAACAGUGAAGUGCAGUGAUGCUGAGAUCGAGAGGAAGAAACAACUGGCGAUGGAGAGGCGGAGACUCAGGAUGAUGGCCAAUCAGAACCUCAGAGCUCCUGUCUGAUUCUGUGUUACCAUGGAGAUGCAGGACAAAACAGCCCAGCAGAGUUCUACGCGUUCCACACACGAUCAAACAAAAGUGUACAAACAAAACUAGAUAGAACAAAUCUUCAUUGCUUCUAAUAGGAGCAAAUUAAUGUACACAGAGUUACCCAAAAUAUUUCCAAAACAAUGAUUUUUAUUGGU